GUAUGGCUCUCCCUUCUGCUCCCCUCCCCCUGGGUUGGGAUCAUACCUCUGCCACCCCCAACAUGCAGGAAAUCCUUUCCCUUGGACCUCCAAUGCACUGCAGAGAGCUUCUAGCUGUUGCAUGGAUUUCCAAGUGGGGAGGGAGCAAGUAUCCAUUGUCCUUCAAGCCCCCACCCACCAUCCAGGGCUGCUUCCCUAUUGUCACUCACGUGCUGCAGUGGCCAUGGGGGAGUGGGUCCUCAGGGCACCUGUAAUGAGGUUGUUUCAAGCCUUUUGGGGAAGAUGGCUUCCCAGGUUCCAAGAAUGUUAUGCGACUGGCAGGGGCAGCAGGGCAGCAGACAUGGCUACACUGGCCCUCUGACAUUGCUGGGGGCCCUGGGAGAGAGGAGGAAGCCCCAUGAUGAAGUCCAAGGCACAGGCUUGGGGAAGGACAGGAGCCCCCCAGGUUUACAGAGUGAAGAGGUCUGGAAUGAGAACCUGGGUGGGGCAGGGAGAUUCCCACAGGCAGAACUGGAGCUGGUCUGUGUGUGUGUGCGGUGGGGAGGGUAGUUUACAUUUAUGGGCUGUAGGGAUAAGUGUUGUGUUGGCAGGGGAGGGCUGGGUCUGGGGAACAGUGUGGAAGGGGGUGGGUUGUGAAUAGUAGGGAGAGGGGAGGGCAUGGAAAAUAACGGACAAAAGUAGUGUACUCACAGGUAAUAAGAAUGAAGACCAGAAUGUAACUCAUGGCGAUGGAGCCCACAACAGUGCCUGGACACUUGAUGUUGCAGCCAGAGCUGGGCAGGAAAUGAGGCUCACGAACAGGAAAACAAGAAACACAUAUAGCCUAAUGCUGAGAAGCUCUGCCCACAAACAGACCUACUGAGACCAGGGUUCCUUCACAGUGGACUCUGCUGAAACAGAAACAGAUUCACUACGACUAGGGGCACUUGUAGGACAGUAGGUGCCGGUGUGUAAUGAGCACCCCCCGCCAACCCCCCCCAACAAUGCCAGCCUCCAAAGAAGCAACCCCCUGCUCCAGUCCACCUAGCCCUCACUCCUCUCUACUCCCUGUCCACUACACCAUACACCCCUGAAGAAAGACACAGAUGUUUAGUUGAAAUUGCAGAACAAUUUAUUGUACUGAAAAGAAAGACCACUGCUAGUUGCUGUCAGCUAUAUGUGCUGCCAGGGAGUCUUGCACAAGUGCCGCUUGACCAGCUUCUCGUCCCUGCUGGCCCCCUGGCAGAAGAUAGACACGGUGAACACCUUCCUCAUCCCCUGCGUUGCAUUCAUCUUGAGAGGCUCGGCGGUCCCCAAGACCCCCCUCAAGAAGGCGGACGCCGAGAUCCGGUGGCUAUUUAAGAGGUGGCUGCACCUGGUGCUAAGGGCCAGCAACAAGGUCCUGCACAUUCCCUACCGGCAGGGAGGUGCCAGCGUACCCUGCAUGGGAGACCUCUGCGACAUCGCGGUGGUCACCCACGCCUUCUGCCUCCUGACCUGCCCGGAUGCAAUGGUACGUACCAUUGCCGCCAGCGCUCUUGAGGAGACUGCCCGCAAGAGGAUCAGGAGGCAGCCGACCGGAAGUGACUUGGCCACCUUCCUCAGCGGCUUGCUGGAGGGCGAGUUCAGCAGAGAUGGCGGGGAGUGUGCCUCGUUGUGGAGCCGAGCCCGCAAUGCCAUGCACCACCUCAGGAAAUGCAUCAGCUGCGCCUGGACCUGGACCGAGGAGCGCCGGGAGCUGAGAGUCUCCUUGCAACCAGCCCCGCACGCCGACCCUGUGACAGUGAGGCCCCGCAUGAGGACCUUCGUGGAGAGGUUCCUGAAGGACGCCGUCCAAAACAAGUACGCUGGCGACCUGAGGGCCAAACCCGACCAGGGCAAGGUCUUCAACGUGACCUCAAAGUGGGACUCCAGCAACUACUUCAUGCUCAGCGGGAGCUUCACGCACUUCGCGGACUGGCGCUUCCUCCACCGCGCCCGCCUCAACUGCCUGCCUCUGAACGGGGCCGUUCGCUUUGGCCACUGGGACAAGAGGUGCUGACAGUGCGGCUAUGCGGCAGAGACCCUCCCCCAUGUGCUGUACAGCUGCAAGCCACACGCCAGGGCCUGGCAGCUCCACCACAACGCUGUCCAGGACCACCUGGUGAGGGCCAUCCCAGCUGCAGCGGGGGAGGUCUCCGUGAACCGCACCAUCCCGGGCUGCGAGAGCCAGAUGCGUCCUGACAUCGUCAUCACCAACGAGGAGGCCAAGAAGGUCGUGAUCAUGGACGUUACCAUCCCCUUUGAGAACCGGCGCCAAGCCUUCACCGACGCCCAGGCUCACAAGCAGGAGAAGUACGCCCCACUGACCGACAUCCUGAGGGGCCACGGCAACAACGUGACGGUCAACACACUCAUUGUGGGACCCCAGCAACGAGAGUGUCCUGUGUGCCCGUCGCGUCUCCCGCCGCUAUGCCAAGCUGAUGCGCUGCCUCAUGGUGUCCGACACCAUCUGUUGGUCCCGUGACAUCUACAUGGAACACAUCGUGGGCCACCGCCAGUACACGGACCCCACCAGACAAAUUGCUGCCGGACCGGACCCAGAGGGGACCGCCUGAACCCCCACUCUGCACCAGAUGGACUUCACUUUGAGAGGAUUCUUCACCAGCGGAUGACCCUGCUCCACCCGAAGAGGACCACCGCGAUGAGACUCUAUAUGGACUGAGACACUUUUUUCUUCGAACCACUUCUUCCACCAUUGCGGACCAUUGUAACGGGUUUGUGUGUGUCUAUCCUCU